AUGACAAACACAUUUUGUUUUGUGUUAGUGUUAUAGUCUCUCUCUCUUUCUCGGAUAAACUUCUCUUUCUCCAUUUAUUUAUUUAUUUAUCUCUGUCUUUCUCUCUCUUAAGGGAAGAAGAAGAAUCGCAGAACACAGAGCAUACUAAGAAGCAAAUCUGAAAACCCUUCUUUGUUCAAUUCACUCUCUCAAUACAAAAACACUGGUAUGCUAUUACAAAAUCACUCACUCCUUUUUCUUAUUUUCUUCAAAUCAAAUCGCAAAUAUAACAAAACAAACAAACAAACAAACAAAAUUGCCCCUUUUUUCUCAUACGGAGUUCCAUUUCUCACUCAUAAAAAUCAUGCACCACUUAUCGUUUCAUUUGGAUCCAAUUCUAACUAUUCUCAUAACUCCAAUUUCACACCAUCUUUCUUUUUGGUGUUUGCCUGUUUAUGACAAAUACCUGAGCCGAUCAUGUCAGAGGGUGCAGAGAUUGACGAGCGUGUUGACCUCGAUGAGGAAAAUUAUAUGGAAGAGAUGGACGAUGAUGUUGAGGAGCAGAUAGAUGACGAUGGAGUGGAUGGGGGUGAAGAUGAAAACGCUGAAGGUAGUGCCGAAGAAAAUGAAUAUGAGGAGUCGGCGGCAGAGGCUGGUGGUAAAGACCAAUCUACCGAAGGAGAAAAAAGUGACCGUGCCACUGAAGAAGAUGACCAAAAGCCAUCGCUCAUUGAUGACGAGGAGAAAGAGAAGCACGAUGAACUUCUUUCGCUUCCUCCUCAUGGUGCUGAAGUCUUUAUUGGUGGACUUCCUCGGGAUACACGUGACGAUGAUAUAAGGGAGUUGUGCGAGCCAAUGGGUGAUAUUGUUGAGAUUAAAUUAAUCAAAGACAGGGAAACUGGAGAAAGCAAGGGUUAUGCUUUCGUGGCUUUUAAAACCAAGGAUGUGGCACAGAAGGCCAUCGAUGAUAUACAUAACAAGGAAUUUAAGGGUAAAACUUUGAGGUGUUCGCUGUCUGAAACCAAACACAGGUUGUUCAUCGGCAACAUUCCAAAAACAUGGACAGAGGAUGAGUUUAGGAAAGCCGUUGACGGUGUUGGUCCCGGAGUUGAAAGCAUUGACCUCAUAAAGGACCCUCAAAAUCAAAGCAGAAAUCGUGGGUUUGCUUUUGUUUUGUAUUACAACAAUGCAUGUGCUGAUUAUUCACGGCAAAAGAUGGCAAGUUCGAAUUUCAAGCUAGAUGGAAAUACACCAACUGUUACUUGGGCAGAUCCAAAGACCUCACCUGACAAUUCAGCUUCUUCACAGGUUAAAGCUCUAUAUGUGAAAAACAUACCUGAGAAUGUUACUACUGAUCAACUAAAGGAGCUAUUUCGUCGUCAUGGGGAAGUAACGAAAGUGGUCAUGCCACCUGGCAAAGCUGGAGGGAAACGUGAUUUUGGUUUCAUUCAUUAUGCAGAGAGGUCAAGUGCAUUGAAAGCUGUAAAAGAGACAGAGAAAUAUGAAAUUGAUGGCCAAGCUCUUGAAGUUGUUAUUGCCAAGCCUCAAGCUGAAAAAAAACCUGAUGGAGGCUAUCCAUACAAUACUGGACUCCAUCCUAACCAUCUUCCACAUCCUGGCUAUGGUAACUUUUCUGGAAAUCUUUAUGGCUCAGUUGGGGCUGGAUAUGGUGUUGCUGCUGCUGGUUAUCAACAGCCAAUGAUAUACGGCAGGGGUCCAAUGCCAGCCGGAAUGCAGAUGGUUCCAAUGGUUUUACCAGAUGGUCGAAUUGGCUAUGUCCUUCAACAGCCUGGUGUACAGGUGCCAGCUCCCCGACCACGCAGAAAUGACCGGGGCAAUGGUCCAGGCGGUCAGGCAGGGCGUGGAGGAGGUAGUGGUAAUGAUGAUGGAAAUCGUAAUAGAAGGUAUCGGCCCUAUUAGUGGAAGAUGCCAGGUAAAUGCAAUGUGGUUCUUAACACCUGAUUGUGUCUUCAUGAUGGUGAUGGGGCCUUAGGGAUCUCUGAAGCAUUGACAGAAAAUCCUUUCUCCAUCAUGAACCCAUAAAAAGGGAAAAACAAAAACUCUAUGAAGAAAAAGUUAAAUUAGGAUUAGGACCAGUGAUAUUUUAUUGAGUUGAUGUUGGUAUCUACUGCUGUUAGAUGAGAGUCACAGCUGAGUAAUUGCCCAUCUUUUUCUGCCUGUAAUGCUUCUUAGCAUUAUUUAUUUAUUUAGUUGACUACCGGUAGUAAAUUGUGUUAAUUUGGUUUCAACAACUUUGCCAUGUUUUUGUUACUCAUUUUGCAUGCAGUACUCAAUAGCUCUUGACUGUUUGUUGUAGAUCAGCAAUUUAGCUGUCCACCGUUUGUUGUAGCCCUUAUUUUGUGAUCUUUAAUAGAUCAGCGAUUUAGCAAUGUUGAUGCUACUUCAUUGUAUUCAGAAUUCAAAAACUUUGGUUUUUUGUUAUUAUCAUUUAAGCAAAUGAGAGUUUAAUGUUAUGUA